CAUGUCCCGCUGUUUGCGACCCCUCGCGCCCAUUUGAGGAGAGGGAGGGGGUGGGGGGGGGCAUAGACAACGAGAGGGGAGGGGGAGAGGAGAGAGAGAGAGAGAGACAGAGCGAGAGCGCGCGCGCGAGCGAGGACGUCUGGGAGGAUUUGUCGUCUUUCGCAGUCCGCCACACAACAAGCUGAUUAUUCCUCCGCACCGACCGGAUUUACACGCACGGAAGCAGGAGUCGGGAGGAUUAGUAGGAUGCCGAGUACCUUCCCUCCACGCCGUCCAUCUCAACCCUGCUUGCCGUGAGCUGAGGGCACUGCCUAACGGGAGGAACAAAUCACUAGAGAGGGCGAGGAAGCGGGCAGGGAACAAGGCCAGGGAAGGAAAGAAGGAACACACUCUCUCUGUGGUCGCAGUUUGCCGUCACGUUAGGAAAUGGCGGCAACGGAAGCCAGCGCGGCGCCCGCGGUCCAGGAAGACGGGAAGACUCCGGAGAGCGAGCAGACAGAGGCCGAACAACCCGCACAGAACUCAGAGACCGUCAACAGCGAGGUCACGGACAAAGACGGCCCUACGGGCAACAGCGAGGUCGCGCCGACCAAAGAGACUGUCGAAAACGACGCGGCGGCGAGCGGCGAUGAGGAGGCCGGAGCCGCCGGCGGCGAGGCGGCGCCCGCUCGGAGCUCGGAGAACCACGAGCACAAGACCUCCUUCCUGGACUCCUUCCUGAACAAGAGCGGCCUGGGUAAGGUGAUGGCGGGGAGAAAAAAGAAAGAACCCAGCGCCGCGGCAGGAGCCGGACCGGAGGACGCCGCCGCCGAAGGGGCCGAGAAAGCCGCAGAGGAGCCGGCGGGAGCGGAAGGAGGCAGCGAGGGCGAGGCCGUCGCAGAGAAAGCGCUGGAAAAUGGAGAGAAGGAUGACGAGAAGAAGGGCAAAGAGUCCAAGUCUUCAGUUCGAGAUCUGAUCAGGAAGCCGGUGGCCAGGAUCUUCUCCCAUCGAAGCACAGAGAAGAAGGACGGCAACACCCUCGAACCUCCCAAGCAAGUCAAGGUCCGCUCCAAGUCCCUGGACCGCCUGGAGGAUCCCGAAGCACUGAACGCAACCACGGACUCCGCCGCUGAGGAGGUGGGAGGAGCAGAAGUAGGAGCGGAGGCAGAGACGGAGCAGAAAGCCUCCUCGUCUUCCUCGGCCACCACUAAGCACAUGAAGCGUUGGCACUCCUUCAAGAAGCUCAUGGCUCAGAAAGCACACAAGAGGAACAGCGGCGCAGAAGACGGCGGCGACGGAGAAGGAGGCGGAGACUCCUCCACGUUGGACUCCAAGGAGUCGGGCCAGAAGAGGUGGAAGCUCAAGCGCUCCUGGACCUUCCAGGGCCUCAAGAGGGAUCCGUCCAUGGCGGGCAUCAGCGGUAAGAUCAAGACCGCCGACAAAGACUCUGCCGACACGCCGGAGGAGGCGCGAGACGCAGACGAAGGGGCCGAGGAGGCCGAGGCCGAGGCCGAGGCCGAGGGGGGCGGCGAGGAGGAUAAGGCCGACGACGGAAGCGAGGAGAAAGCGGACGGAAGUGAGGAGGAGAAGGCGGUGGGAGGAGCCACCGUCACGCAACACGCCAACGAGAUCUGGACUUCCUUCAAGAAGCGUGUCAUCCCCAAGUCCAAGCGCGCAAAUACGGAGUGCCAGCCCAGCGGGGAAGAUGAUGCGGCUUCUGCAGCCCCCGCCUCAGGUGAGGACGGCGCAGCAGAAGACGGAAAAGACGGAAAGUCCGCCAAGGUCAAGCGUUCCCACUUCGGCCGGGCCGUCUCCCUCAAGAACUUCAUCCUGCGCAAAGGCAAGUCCACCAGCGUGGACAUGAGCGACGCCGCCAAGGAGGAAGAGGAGGAGGUCGCCGCCGCCACCGCCGAGGGAGGAGAAGACGGCAAUGGAGACGCCCAAGUCGACGCUGCCGCAGAAACCGACGACGAGAGCCUCCGGCGGCAGGAAGCCCAGCCCGAGGCGCAGAAGACGCCGGGCCACGCUCCCGUCACCAACGGCGAGAACGGCUGCGAGAACGGAACGGCCGAGGACGACGGCCACGAUCGCCGAGAGGACGACGAGAAGAAGAACAACAGCCCGCUGAAGAAGGCCAAGGAGCUGGGCGGGGCCAAGGAGGAGACCAAUGCCCAGGUCAUCAACACCAUGGCGCCACCUGUGAACAGCGCAGACAAAAAGGCGGGCAGCGCGUGAGGCCACACAAAGAGGAUUAGAACUUCCCGGGAUUCGCUGAGCAAGGAGCUCUGAGCCCCCCCUCGCACCCACACCCAAAUCCUCCUUCCUUGACAACCCCCCCCCCCACCCCCAACCCCCAACCCCCCAAAAAAAGGAGUAAUCACGUGUUUUAUCAGGUCGCCAUGGCGACAAGGAGCGAGCGGCUGGGAGAGUUCAUGUAGUUGACAAACAAAAAUAUCCUAAAUACUCGGAAAGCAAUAAUUCACCAACCCCGCAUUCCAUUUCCUCUGCUUGUCUGUGACAUUUUAUAUCAUCCACAAGAGAAAUGCUGAAAUGUAAAGCUAGAAAAACAAUUGCAUUCCCAUUCCCCCCUAUACACAGCCCUGAUUGGUGGAAAAAUAAAAUACAAAAAGAAAAAAAAAAUAAGACUGCUAGUUUUA